UUCAGUGCAAGCAGCACAAAAACGAGAAUAAAUUGCGUGUCAGAGUCACUCAGCAUAGGUAGCGUAAUUUAUCGAUAUUGAUGUAAUUGACUGUAUUGCAUUAUUGCACAAAAAGUUACCAUAUUUUGGAAACCAGGACCACUGAAGUUCUGAAAUUUUCUAUAUACCGUGGACCACUGGAAUUAUAGUACGGCAGCAUAUCAUUAAAAGAGGCGAUGUCUAUGUACCCAUCGGAACCUAGCGUUUCAACUUCAAAUGGAAAAAUGGAAGAAGUAGUGGGAAGUGCAUCAUCUGCCUUGCUCGGUAAAAGUCGUCCAUCGAAAGCUCCCGAACUGAACCUGGUGGAGCGACGGAAUUGGAUGAUACACAUUCAUUUCAUCAGAAAAGAGUUCGACACUUGCAAGGCGUUGCUAAAAGAACAGCUGCAAGAAACGAACGACAUGUGCGAAUAUGCUUGCUAUAUCCAGGGUCUGAUCCUGCGCUCCGAGGGUAGCAUUCAGCACUCGUUCGAGAUGUUCCAGCGCUGCCGCGAGCUGAACCCGCAGAACGUGGACAAUUUGCGACAGAUGGCCCGGUCUCUGUUCCUGCUCGGCCGGUUCGACAUGGCGGUGGCCGCCUACACACAGGCCGAAAAGGAAGCCAGCAGCACCCCCGACUGGGAGAUAUUCUACAGCAAAGGGCUGUGCUACAAGCACCUGAAGCAGCUGGCCGCCGCCCGCGAGGCGCUGCGCCGCUCGCUGCAGCUGCACCAACACGAGCGCACCUACGACCAGCUGGGGCAGGUGGCGCUACUGCAGGGCGACCUGCAGGAGGCCAUCGCCACCUACCAGCAGGCCACCGAGCAGUUUCCCGAGUCGGCCGAGCUGCUCACCUCCCUGGGGCUUCUGUACAUGCGCGCCGGCCAGCACCAGCAGGCGUUCGAGCAGCUCGGCUCGGCGCUGGCCCACCAGGCCGACAGCACGGCAGCCAUCCUGGCCGCCGGCAGCAUGAUGCAGGGCCAUGGCGAGUUUGACGUGGCUCUGAGCAAGUACCGCGUGGCGGCCCGGGCGUCGGCAGAGUCGCCGCCGCUCUGGAACAACAUCGGCAUGUGCUUCUUCGGCAAAAAGAAGUACGUGGCCACCAUCAGCUGUCUGAAGCGCGCCAACUACCUGUCUCCGUUCGACUGGAAGGUGCUCUACAACCUGAGUCUGGUCCACCUCACCAUGCAGCAGUACGCCUCGGCGUUCCAGUUCGCCUCGGCGGCGGUCAACCUGCGUCCGGACCACGGCCCCAUUUACCUGCUGCUGGCCGUGGCGCUGACGCACCUGGACGACCCCGAGAGCGCCGAGCAGGCGUACGGCGCCGCGCUGGCCGCCCAGCCGACCGAGCCGGCCGUGCCGCUCAACCUGGCCGUGCUGCUGCACGCGCUGGGCCGCCACGCCGAGAGCCGCAGCCAGCUGGCCGAGUACGAGCGGCGCGCGGCCGGCGCGCAGCCGCCGCCGGAGCUGGCCGAGACGGCGGCCCGGCUGGCCGGCCUGCUCAGCGGCGCCUCCACCUCCGGUCUGCCGUCCAUCAGCGGCGCCUCCACCUCCGGCCUGCCGUCCAUCAGCGGCGCCUCCACCUCCGGCCUGCCGUCCAUCAGCGGCGCCUCCACCUCCGGCCUGCCGUCCAUCAGCGGCGCCUCCACCUCCGGCCUGCCGUCCAUCAGCGGUGCCGCACAGCGACCGCACUGACGGGCGGGCGGCUCCGCCCUGCACGGCUCCGGCUCUGCUGGUCAAGGCCGCCGCCGGCGCUCGACGCCGCUCCGGCCCGCGUCUGGUUACACCUAGUCACACUCGCACGGGGCAUUUCACAAUGAGGCCGACCCUCGUCUUGUCAUAUCUAGUCACAGUCGUACUAGUCACUACACUAUGAUCAUCACUGUUGAUUUUUAAAUGUCUUAAAGACCAUAUUCAUUCGCAUGCUGGCUUUCUUCAUUUUGAUGCACAUUCAAUCGUAUUUUCAUUUGCGAUUUAGAAAUGGUAUUUUGCUCGUUUAGUACAGACGUGUAAGGGCCACACCACAUGUGAUCGUUGUUUUCGCUGUAAUCGCUAUAAUCGUUGUUUGUUUACAUAAGGUCGAGUGAAAAACAAUAUGCCGAAAAAAUGAAACACGAACCUAAUCUGGCAUUAUAGCAUUUGGUAUCAUGUUUAAUUAGGCAUGUGAGAAUUGGCUCAUUUUACAAACCCGUAACGCAGACACCAGGGGCCUCGCACCCGAUCUCUAACGCCGGUGGACCGGAAUGCGCCGGUUCUGAGCUGGUUCAGGGCGGAGGAGGGGAGGUCCAAGGGAGGUCACUGUGGGCGAGUGGAGCGCUGCGUCGUCUGGGUGUCGCUAUCUGCCUAGAGCAUGGAGAUAUGCGGUGUCUGCUCAAUGCUUAUUCCAUUCCGUCCAAGGCCGUCGGCGGUAUACCGUUUGAGGCGUCAUGUUUUGUUUGAUGAAUAAAUGCACAAACAA